CGGGGCGGGGUUUAAGCAUUAUCCAGUAUCAUCUACAGAGGAAGGAAAAAUUCUGAAUUAGCACCCCGAAACAAGCUCCGACAAUGGAGCUAACGCUACACUUCUCAGCAGCUAUUCCCAGAGAAAAACUUUUUACUGUCACUACGGAUAAGAAGCUCAUUCUUUUCCCUCUCCACAUCAGAAACCCCAACAGAGACUCCCGCUUUCGGCUCCAUGUCCAAAGUGGCAGCGCGACACCUGUACACCUUUCGUUCUCAGAGAAACAGCGACACCUGUGGGUCAGCCGACGACAGUCUGAACACAACGAAUACGAAGAAGAAGAAGAAGAGAAAGCCAGCACUAGCGAUGACGAGUCGAGUUUCCUCUCUCUAAGCGGAAAGCCGGAGAGAAACAUGGCUUUGCUCGACGAUUACGAAAUGGAGGAGUUGGGUUACGACUCUGAUCCUAACCAUCGCAGUGGAUUCGUGGCUGUGCUUGGCAAGCCAAAUGUUGGAAAGAGUACGCUUGCAAAUCAAAUGAUAGGUCAAAAAUUGUCUAUAGUUACGGAUAAACCUCAAACCACGAGGCAUCGAAUUCUUGGUAUAUGUUCCGGCCCAGAUUAUCAGAUGAUACUUUACGAUACACCAGGUGUCAUUGAGAAGAAAAUGCACAAGUUGGACUCCAUGAUGAUGAAGAAUGUGCGCAGUGCAGCUGUUAAUGCAGACUGUGUAAUAGUACUUGUUGAUGCAUGUAAAGUGCCUGAGAAAAUUGAUGAAGUGUUGGAAGAAGGUGUUGGAAACCUCAAAGAUAAGCUGCCAACGUUGCUGGUGAUGAACAAGAAAGAUUUGAUUAAACCGGGUGAAAUUGCAAAAAAACUGGAGUGGUAUGAGAAAUUUACAGAUGUUGAUGAGGUCAUACCUGUAAGUGCCAAAUAUGGUUAUGGAGUAGAUGAUAUCAAGGAUUGGAUACUAUCAAAACUUCCCCUUGGGCCAGCUUAUUAUCCAAAGGAUAUUGUUAGCGAGCAUCCAGAAAGAUUCUUUAUCGCUGAAAUUGUCAGAGAGAAGAUAUUUUUGCAAUACCGCAAUGAAGUACCUUAUGCGUGUCAGGUCAAUGUGGUCAGCUAUAAAAGUAGGCCAACUGCAAAAGAUUUUAUACAGGUGGAGAUCAUAGUCGAGAAAAACACACAGAAAAUCAUCCUCAUUGGAAAAGAAGGGAAGGCUUUGAAACUGCUUGCAACUGCUGCUCGGCUUGACGUAGAAGAUUUUCUACAGAAGAAAGUCUAUCUUGAGAUUGAAGUGAAAGUAAAAGAAAAUUGGCGGCAGGAUGAAGGGCUGUUGAAGUACUAUGGCUACGGGGGGCAAAUUCGAGCAUUGUAGUUUGGCCAUUAAAUCAAUUCUUUGUAUUCAGCGAAAUGUAAGUUAAAAUUAUCUGAAUCAAUUUUUUUUAAUUGUUCUGUUUCGUCAAUUGCGUAGUCUUUUCUGCAUGAUUCCUCUUGCCAGCUGAAGACAGGAAUUGGUACAGUGCCGCUAGCCAAUGAUCUGAAAACUUACAGGUAAUUUUGUUAGUACCUGCCGUUUAUCCUUCCAGUACAUCAGCAUUCUACCGUUUUGUGUGUCUUCUGGAACUCAGUGCAGUUAUUAGUAAUUUAGCAGCUUUGUGUAAUAAUCAUUCAACUUUGUGUAGUAACUGAAUUACUACAUAAUGCUAGGUGAUUACUAACAAAGUUACCAAAUUACUACUGAA